UGACCAUGUGACUUAUUUUGAUGCGUAAACAAAUAUCCCUGUACUUUGAGUCCGUGUCAGACGUCCACACAGUGCUUCAGAAUGGAACCCAGCUUUGUGAUCCGCUUGGCGGUGUGGGUCUCCUGCUUCCAAUGCAGUGUUGCAGGCUCAAUGUUCCUGACUGGUCCAGCAGCACAUGAAGUUCUCCUCAGAUACAAACGCUACAACUCGGGCAUUUUUGAGGAGGUCAUGCAGGGAAACCUGGAACGAGAGUGCGUGGAGGAGGUGUGUGACCUGGAGGAGGUCAGAGAAGUGUUUGAGGAUGACAAACAGGCAACCGACUUCUGGGCUCGAUACACAGAUGGCGACCAGUGCAAGUCGAACCCGUGUAUGAAUGGCGGUUCGUGUACGGACCAUCUCGGAUUCUACACUUGCUCAUGCGAGUCUGGGUUCACUGGCAGAAACUGUGACAUCAUUGUAACGAAAAGAUGUGACGUGAACAAUGGCGGCUGUAUGCACAUCUGUGAAUCCAUGGACACGCUCGGGGCCAAGUGCUCCUGUGCCAAAGGGUACCGGCUCAUUCAGGACGGCACCACUUGUGUGCCAGAAGGAGACUUUCCCUGUGGCAGGACUGCUCUGGAAGAAGCCAGUCGAGGGUUGUCGAGAUCCUUGCUCCCAGACUGGAGCACAGCAAAACCAUCCAACGCCCCAGUUUCUCCAACAGCAACUCCUACACCUUCCACUUCUUCUUCACCCAGAAAUGAGUCCGUGGAGAGCAAGUUCCUCAGGAGACGCUCUGUGCAGGAGCUCAGCGACGCUGCAGCGCCCACAGAGGAGUCGGCCGUGCCCUUCAAACGUAUUGUGGGUGGUGAAGUUGUCUUGCCCGGGGAGAUCCCAUGGCAGGUGGCGCUGGUCGCAAAUCCAAGUGGACGCUUGUUCUGCGGGGGGACGAUUCUGAGCGAGCGAUGGGUCGUCACUGCAGCCCACUGCUUUGCUGUGGAGAAGGGCUCCUUUUGGGUCAGAGUGGGGGAGUACGACAUCCACGAGAAAGAAGACACCGAGCAGGAUCACGAGGUGCAGAAGACAUUUUUUCACCCGAGCUACAACACCAGCAUCAGCGUGUACAACCACGACAUCGCCCUGCUUUACCUCGCCACUCCCAUCAGCUUCUCUUCUGUCGUCCGGCCCAUCUGCUUAGGACCGAAGGAAUUCAUAGAGAGGCUGGUCAAGUUUGCGUCUCCUGCCACGGUCAGCGGCUGGGGACGGACCCGCCACCUUGGGAACUUGGCGGAGAGCUUGCAGAAAGUGGAGGUUCCUUUCACGCAUCGGGCCGAGUGCAAACGCAGCUCCAGCUCCAGGGUGACUCGCUACAUGUUCUGUGCUGGGUACUACGACGAGGAGAAGGACGCCUGCCAGGGGGACAGCGGGGGGCCACACGCUAACAACAUUCAUGGCACCUGGUUCUUGACUGGAAUAGUGAGUUGGGGGGAAGAAUGUGCUCGAGAGGGGAAAUAUGGUGUUUACACUCGAGUCUCACUCUACUACCGCUGGAUCAACUACGUCAUGGGAAUCACCAAGCACAAGGUGGAAGCCGUGGAAGAUGCGUCUGAAGAUUAAGACGUGACGUGUGCUGCUUGGAAAUGAUGAAAUAAAUACUCAUAAUAGAUAAUAAAUACAGAUGAAAUGUGUAAAAUCCAA